UGUCAAUAAUCAUUAUUAACGUGAUUUUGCUUUGAUUUUAUAUAAACUUUGUUAGUGUAGUGAAAACGAUAUCGACUUAUCUUUAGACCGAGUAUCAGAGUUAAAUAAAUAAAAUUUAAGUCUCUCUAUGAGCGUGUCUUAGUUCUAGUAGCUUUUUUUUGUCCAUAAUCUUGGAACGCAUCAAAUUGAAGGCUCCGUCUAAACGCCAACGACUCUUAAGUCUUGCACCUUUUUCCCUAUAAAUACCAACAAAACAUUUGUCCUUACAAAUUAAGUUCUUUCAUUUUAUUAGAACAAAGAACAAUAAACCAAACAAACGCAAAGCAUAUUCCUAUAAAAACAGGGGCGACCCGAGACCACUAAGAACACUACACUACACAAACAACCAUGGCAAAGAACUUUAAUGUUCUUGUUUUUGUUCUACUUGCAGUUGCUGCAAACCUGUUCCAUGGAUCAUUUGCACAAACUAGACAUGUGGUUGGUGAUACCACGGGUUGGACUAUCCCAACCAACGGUGCUUCAUUCUAUACCAACUGGGCUUCCAACAAAACCUUCACCGUAGGCGACACUCUAGUGUUCAAUUAUGCAAGUGGACAACAUGAUGUGGCUAAGGUAACAAAAACAGCUUACGAUAGUUGCAAUGGAGCAAACACACUUUUCACCUUAACAAACAGUCCAGCUACCGUAACUUUGAACGAAACAGGACAACAGAACUUCAUUUGUGCAGUUCCAGGUCAUUGUUCAGCUGGUCAAAAACUUUCAAUUAACGUUGUUAAAGCUUCUGCUUCACCUGUUUCUGCUCCAACUCCAAGUGCUUCUCCACCAAAGGCUACUCCAGCUCCUACCCCUGUUCCAGCAAAAUCACCGGCACCAACCAAGGCCGCUACACCGGCACCAGCACCAUCUACUACUGCUUCACCAACACCUGCUCCAGCUCCUGCUACUGGACGUGUUACUUACACCGUUGGUGACACCAUUGGCUGGAUCAUUCCAUCUAACGGUACUGCUGCUUAUACAACCUGGGCUUCUGGCAAGUCUUUCAAAGUUGGAGACAUCCUUGUUUUCAAUUUCCAAUUGAAUGCACACAACGUGGAAGAAGUGACAAAGGAAAAGUAUGAUUCAUGCAACUCAACUUCUCCAAUUGCAACUUUCAGCAACCCACCAGUGAGAGUAACACUUAACAAAACUGGUACUCAUUACUAUAUCUGUGGUGUUCCUGGACACUGCUCUGCAGGCCAAAAGCUUUCCAUCAAUGUUGGUAGUGGUAGCAGCAGCCCUGCCACAUCACCUUCUCCUUCUGCCUCGUCGCCUUCUCCUUCCACCGGUGCCACUCCACCCUCUGCUUCCGGUUCUCCCUCACCGGGGUCUCCUGUCACCCCUUCAUCCCAGUCUCCAGGUGGUUCUGUCAGUCCACCUCCUGAGAACUCCGGUGCCGCGUCUCUUGGAGUUGCCGGGUUAUUUGUCACCGUCCUCUCAAUUGCAGCUACAUUUUUCUGUUAGAGAGGUGAGAUGAGAUGAGAUCCUAGUUAGGAGGAUUAUUUGUUCUUGAUUUAUUUGUGUGAUUCUUGGUUUCUAUUUUGUUAUUGUGUUUUUUUGGGACAUUUUACAAUAAUGUUAGAUUUCUGUUCAUCUACUACAGUUUUGGUAUCAUAUGCUAAUAAAUAAAUAAACACUUUUGUUGGGAAAUAAA